GAAAAAUUAUUGUAGUCCAUAUGAAAAUUAUCAGUAGAAAAUAUUUUAAAUCGAUCAUAAAAUGGCAAAAGACAAUAAAAAGAAGAAUGACCGAGAAAACUCCUCCAAUAUACGAUUGUGGCCCAGACUUGGAAGAUCGCGGAAUAUGCGCCGUAGAUGCAUGCGAUCCUGAUAAAUGCUUUCCUGAACCUCGUGUAGUAAUAAUAGGAGCUGGUGUGGCUGGACUUUCUGCGGCGGCGAGACUGUCUGAACGCGGCAUUAAUAAUAUUGUCAUAUUAGAAGCAUACGAGAGACCCGGUGGUCGUAUACAUUCUUGCUGGCUGGGUGACAUAGUAGCUGAAUUAGGAGCCGAAGGGAAGCCAGAAAAUUUUUCGUCUCACCCGAUUUAUGCAAUGACUGCUACAGAGACACCACCUCGUCCUGGGGUACCCGGAGCAGAGCAACCAAAAGGACUCUUAAAAAAAGUCGUAUCAGAAAAUAUGGCAUUGCCACCCACGAUCACAGCCUAUUAUAAAUUUCGUCAAAUAGAAGAAGAAGCAGCAAACAUUUUUUGUCUCGGGGGAAACAAGCAACAUGGCUCUUUAAUAAAUUUUAUGAGUCUGCGCAUUCAACAGGAACUACAUGAAUAUCCGGUAGAACAGCAACAUUAUGCCGCUAAAAUUAUGUUUGGUCUUACUCAUAUGUUACGUGCUAGAUGUAAUGAUGAUACAGCGAUGUUAUGUGCCGAUCAUUCGGGGUGUUAUAUGAAUAUGCCUGGUGGAGAGGUACGCGUUCCAUUAGGUUUGGUCGGUAUACUGGCACCUUUAUUAAGACAAAUACCAGAAGGAACCAUCCGCUACUGCAAGCCAGUUAACUGUGUCUAUUGGGGUACUAGCCAAAAAUCAGGAUAUCGUGCAACUGUUUGUACUACUGACGGUGAAGAAUUUCCGGCUGAUUAUGUUAUUGUAACCGUUUCUAUAGGAGUCCUUGGUGCUAAUUCUGCAAAAAUGUUUUGUCCAGCUCUUCCAGCAUCGAAAAUUGAUGCAAUGAGAUGUUUAGGUUUUGGUUAUUGUAAUAAAAUAUAUUUGGAAUACUGCAGACCCUUUUGGUUUUGGCACAAUGGUGAUUUAAAUUUUACAUAUAAUCCUAAUAGCACAUUGUGCAGAAAUGAUUGGACACGCGGUGUGAGGAAAAUACAGGCAGUACCUACAAGUAAACAUGUGAUAAGUGCACUGGUUGUAGGAAAGGAAGCAUUAAUGAUGGAGGGACUUUGUGAUAAGGAUGUAGCCCAAGGUAUCACCGACCUUAUUAGAAACUCGUCUGGAAAUAAAUUUAUACCUUACCCUACAAACAUAUUGAGAUCACAUUGGACUAGUGAUCCAUAUUUCUUGGGUGCUUUUUCAUAUUCUUGUCAGUGUACAAAUGGUCAUGUACAGAGAGCCUUAGCUUGUCCGUUACCCGGACCUAGUGAACCAAUUCCACCGAUUAUUUUAUUUGCGGGGGAGGCAACAGUAGCUGGCCACUUUGCGACUGUCGAUGGAGCAAAAAUAAGUGGUAUACGAGAAGCUGAAAGAAUUGUACAAUUGACAGUACGAUUUCGAGGUCCACCACUUCCGGCUUUAGAAUCUAUGAACAGAUGCGUGACGCAGCGCGCAGGACCGGCCCCCCGCGACACGCGGUGCGUGCUACCCCCGCGAACCCUGUGCUCCGCACAAAUCCUGGCAAAAAACAUCAAUAUUCGUAGGUGCGUGAAGCUGCAGCGGUGGCAGGUGGUCUCGGCCGGGCAGCUCGGCGUGCAGCGGUGCGGUGGUGCCGGUGCAGGCGGUGCGUGGCGCGCGGCGCGGCGGCGCGGCCCGGGCGGCAGUCGCUCGCAGCAGGCGGCCGACGCGGGUCGCUCGCCCACUCGCUGCGCUCUGUGCAUCGCGGAUUGCGCUCGCGAUACCGCCACCAGGUACAUGACGGGCCGUUAUACUCCCUCAGUGCUCCCUGUCCAUAGGACCACUUUUAUAUUUGCACUUUUCAUUCAUCAUAUCACUACUUCAGACGGGACUCGCUAAUAUUUCAGUUGGACUCGUACCCCAUGUGUUGUUGAGAAUGGUGGAUCGGUUCUUUUAAAAGGGGAAGCAAAUGCUUACCUUUUAAAGUACUGAUGCCGAAUGCUUCAAGGGCGUAGAUGUCAACAGAAAACUUAUCGCAUUAAGACUUUAAACAUUAUUAAUAUUAGUGCUAAACAAGUGCUAUUAAAUCGUACGUAAUUGUCGUUCAAGUGCCUCGCCAGUAUAUCACAGAAUAUUCAUCAACUUAACACAAGUGUAUUUUUUAUAAGUGCGGUAUUAAAUAUAUAUUUGAGAAUAGAUAUUGGUCAGAGCAGCACAGUGUAUAUGAACAAGACAGAACAAUAUACAACGAUGUUAUAAAGUGAUGGAGGUGCGUGCGCCGCGUUCUUGUGGCGCGAAUCGCGCGGGCGCUCGGGCG